AGCUCCGAAACGAAGCGCCACUUUCGAUCAGCUGAUAUCCUCGAGUUAGCUGCUACACGAGCAAAUCGUCGCUUGAAGCAGUUGUAAAGAAUCUCGGUUGUCGUCGAUGCAGAACGAGGCAUCAGCGACGAACUUGCGACCCAUGACAAUAAAGCCGAAGAGGACUGGCUUGGAUGAUAGAGGAAGUGAGUCAGAGGUACAAGCAUCAGGAUGUCCGUGGAGAGUCACGACAAGGAGAAGUGGCAGUUACUGCAGAGCCUCCGCUCCACCGUCGAGGGACUGCUGACCAAUGGAGUGUCAAAUGUCUGGAAUGUCUACGGUGGCUUGAACCGACUGCACAAUAUAAUGGAGAAGAUAUUCAAGCACGGUUGUCGCAUAUUCGAUGUCCAAGGCGAACCAGAUUGCUGGAUUUUCAUUCAAGGACUGAAUUGGCUUCAACCAUCCUUGGCUACUUCUCCAACAAUGCGCGACUGUGAUGAGUAUCAUGUGAAUCUACCUAGUAGGAUUGUGUCACAUAAAGACAUACUAUGGUUAUAUAAGAGUCUGGAAGACCAUUCGCUAUCGCAGAAACUGUCCUGGCUCUUAUCCGACAAAGAGCACUUGCUCUCCUGCCUUGAACCCUGGGCUUUUCUCUGUCAAGAAAAUUUAGCAGAGGCCACACUUGUCUGCUUGAGAGCUGUUGAGAAAAAUCAACCUGCUUUACUGACUGAAAUUGAUCCGUCCCUGUUUUUGCCAAGUUGGAACAGCAAAGACAGUCCAAAGCGCGCACAUCGUCGCUCCUCCUCGUACCCAGUGAACCUAUGCAGCAGCACUCGACAAGAACAACAAACGACGCCUAGCAUAAGUAGUGCCGGUUGCUCAAUCGCGAUUACUCCUCAGAAGAGCGGCAACGAUUCUAGUCUGUCACCUCGUGAACAACAGGAGGCGAUUGCCAGUAUCAAGUCAGAGCUGAACGAUAAGGCAAUCAAGGAGGAAACGAGCAGCAAUACGUCCUUAAAAGCUUGGAGUAGUUUUCCGGAUUUGAACGAAAACGGAGUCGAAGGCCUGGGAGUGACGACGCUCAAGACUAUGACGAAGACGACGAGCGCGAAAAACGCCUCGGAUAAGGUCGCGAACCGAGAUCGCAUGUCGCAAUCGAUCGAACUGUCCGACGUGAUAAAAGUUGAUUAUUCGGAGGAGAAAGCUGUCGAUGCGUCGACGUUCACGGAAGCUAAAUCUAGUCCUGCGAAAUCAAAGCUCCUGACAAGAAAAGGACGAAAAUCACGGUCAUCCGGAGCCAAACUCAUCAAGGCAAAAGAGCUUCGAGGCAGUGGUGGCAGCUCGGACACUCUGAACUACGAAGAAUCGAUCCGCGCAGCGAAAAUUCCCUUGAUAUCGAGCACCCCUGAGCACUCGGCUACGGAUUCGGUGGGCAUCGGGUCCAGACAGUCGCAGCCAAAACGAAAGACGUCCUUCAUCACAGGCUCGGCGCCGGAGUUCUCGGGCUCCUGGAGCAUCGAAGUCGAGGGUCAGAAGGAUAUCCGCACGCCUAAGAAGAGCUUCAUCGAAGAUGGAGGUAACAGCGUGUUGCCCAUGGCUACAUGCUAUUUUCCCAAACCUAAGGAGGGUCAGAGUCUCAUGAGCUUCCUGUCUUCAGCUCAGUUCGCCAGGGCGAACGCAGAGCUCGACAGAGAGAACGCGCAUUUCAGUAUUUCCGAUGCUAUGAUUGCUGCUAUCGAGCAGGUCAAGUGCAAUCGGCAACUCCGGGCAGCCGACGAAGCGGCGGAUGAGAGUGACGAGGAGAUCAACGAUCUCAAGCAGAAGCUGAGGAUCAGGCGGCGCCAGCGACUGGAGGAGCGUCGAAAGGGUAACGUUGGCGCAACUUGGACUCGCGAUCUUCUCAGCGACGGCAAGACCGAUACGACGACGACGGACCAAAGUGUCAGCCCGUUGUCGACGUCUCCCGGCACUCCGUCCGACAGUAUUUCGACGGAUGACGUCGACGACUAUGAAAUGGACGAUACGCGCAAUUUGUCCGAGCUCAAAAAUUCCGGAAUAUCAGUAUCAUUGGCCUCGCUAUACUCAGAUGCCGAUCUCUACAGAUCGUCUCCGAAGCACGGCACGGAAUCGAAUUUAACCGAUAGUUCUAUGUCCGCUGAAGGCGUUGCCUUAUCUCUAAUAAGUAAAUUUAGCGAGAAACACUUGCCAAGAGCGAGCGAACUCAAAUGGCUAGUCUCCGAACAAGACGCACCACAACGACUGUUACCUCUUCCAAAAAGUUGGCCUGUCAGUCCAGACGACGCCGAGGGGGCCGAUGGGAAUUCGGUUUCUCUUCGGGGUACUAUUGAAUGGGCACCGCCAAGGCCUCAAAUAAUCUUUACUGCGCACCCUCCUCCCGUGAGACGGAUUUUGAUAGCAAAGCAGAAUUAUCGAUGCGCCGGCUGUGGUAUGAAGGUCGCGGUCGCGUACGCCAAUAGGUUUCGAUACUGCGAGUACUUGGGAAGAUAUUUUUGCACGGGCUGUCACACGAAUCAAGUGACCUUGAUACCAGGAAAAAUUUUAUCCAAAUGGGACUUUAAUAGGUUUCCGGUUUCGAAUUUUUCAUACAGGCUUUUGGAUCAAAUGGCGAUAGAUCCGCUGUUUCGAGUUAGCGAUCUGAAUCCGUCAUUGUACAGGAGGAUCAAGCAAUUAGAUCGCACAAGGUUUCUCCGCACGCAACUGUUCUAUCUCAAAGAUUUUCUUUUCGCUUGUCGAUUCGCUAAAGAAACCGAAGAAGCUUUAAGAAGAGAACCCGAUUACAUAAUGACCGAUCCCCACGUGUAUUCCAUACAUAAUUUUUCACAAGUAAAAACCGGAAUACUCCCAUUAGAAUUAAGUAAACUGGUUCAAGAGUGCUGUAAACACGUUGCCGAGUGUGUGCUGUGCCAGGCACGAGGCUUCAUGUGCGAGUUGUGCCAUUCGAAGGAUGUGAUCUACCCGUGGGAGCUGGACAAGGUAAAACGUUGCGACAGCUGUGGCACCUGCUACCACGCGGCCUGUGCCAAGCCCGACUCGAACGAGUGCAAGAGGUGCGACCGGCUGCAAGCCAGGCGCGAGUCCAAGGAGGAGCAGCCGAGGUGAUCCCAACAGUCCCCACUGCUAACCCUCCGUCGAGUUUCGAUUAUUCCGGCGGGUUCUUCGGGCUAUUGUUGGACUGAAUCGAAGACUUUUUGGAGGGAAAUUGCCGGGCGCGACGGGGUGCCCCGUUGCGCUUGCCUUGCUUAGCUCGUUUUGUCUCUGUUGGUUUCGAGUAUGGUUGAGAAAAAUUUCGAUUCUACUGAACAAUAUUUAAUUUUCAAAGUUGUUUUAAAUUUAAGGCUUUUCUUUGAAACUUGAAAAUUUUAAGUAGACUAGAUGGAACAGUUUUUGAUAAUCAGUAUGGCAAAGAAAGAUUUUCUAUAAUAUACAGGCACUCAAUAAUAUAAUGGUCCCUUUGAAUCAUCAGACAUGAUAGGAGAUUGUCGAUCUUUUUCUAAACCGUAUUUAAUCGAAAACGCUAAAAACUAACGAGUCAAAUUUUGUAUAAAAAAGCUAUUUCUGUGAAAUUUAUUUAUUUUUGAAUCAAUCUAGCAGUCUAACUGCAAAAUGCUUUAACAAAACGUAUAGAAAUGCCAUAAUAUUCCUUAUUCGAAUUUUUAUAUUUACGAAAGGUUUUGUUUGUUUGCGUAUUUAUUUAUGUUAAUCCACAGGACAUUAUAUCACUAUGUUUAUUGUAAAGUGCAAAUGUUUUUACGCGACUACAUAGGUAUACGAAAGAGUACUUGUUAUAAAUGCGAAUUGUCAACUGCGUCAACUAAUUGAAAGAAACUACAUAGAACUAGCAUUUUUUAUCAUUGCAUUUGAGAAAGUACAUUAUGAUUGAAAAUAGUUGCAUGACACGCAAGUUUACUUGUAAUGUUAAAAAGUUAUUAGUAUGAAUAAGAAUUGCGAUCACCUUGAUCAGUGACAAAGAUUCGGAAUAUGGAGAUUAAAAAAGUAUUAAUUGCAAGGUAUAUUUUGAAAUUUGCGUGUCAUUUUACCAGAAUUUUAUAAGCACCUUUUUAAGAAACGCAUUGGCGCUAUUCUUUAAAAUUCGCACAGCCUUUUUGAAGUACGUACAAAAUUACUAAGGUUCAACAUUCAUCUCUAUUAAUGUAUACCUUGAAAAGGUGAAAAAUGAUUAUAUACAUUUAGCUAUAGGUAUAUGUAGAUUUAAAAUCAAAACUAUAGUUCAUCUACUGAAUAGACUACUAUUUAAACCUCUUUUUGUGAAUCGAGUAAGAUAAAAUCGUUUUUCGAAUAUUUUUGAAGAAUCUUAAAAGGUUUGAUACAAUAUUUAUUAUAACUAAAUCUAAAAAGUUGAAAUGUGAUAUUUAGAUCGUACUCUAGAUAAAGAAUUUUCUAAUUAAUCACCACGAACAAAAUCUAUUCUUUCAAUUUCGUGUACUUUCUUAACGGUUCUCUAGUUCAGAUGCAUAGUACCUGGCUUUUAAGGAAAUUAUAUAUUGUAAUGUUAGUGUAAAUAUUUAUUAACUCGUUAUUAAUUUAUUAAAGUUGUUAUUUUAACAACGUUAAGAAUAAAACUUUUUUUAGCAACUUAAGUAUUGAAUGACUACUUUUGUAUUAAAAGAAAAGAGAGAAUGACUAGGAAAUUUAAGCAGAGGAUGAAUGGACUAAUCAGAUUUAGAAAUGACAAUUUAUUAUUUAAAUUAAGUCACAUUUAUAGUAAUCCACAUACACACAUGUUGCCGUAAUAGUACAUCCGCUGAUGGUAAAAAAAUAUAUUAUAACAUUAUGUACAUCGUGAAACAUUUCAAUAAUAAAAAUGUGGUAGUUUUAUUGUUAUUUACAUGUGUUUUUUUUAACAAUGGCAUCAGUAGGAAAACUUCUAACUGAGAGAAAUGUAAAAUUCAUUUCAAAAUUCAUUUUUCAACUUUACCAGACCUAUGAGUAUUCUAAAGAAAAUUUAGAAUAUACCGUAUUUUAGAUUUUGAAUCAUAUUGUCAAACAAUUCACGUUUAGUUUUCACAUAAAAAAUUAGAGCAACGCUUCACUAUAUUAGCGAAAAAAUCAGAAACUCCACAAUCGGUGUAUCACAUACAGAUGAUAUUGCUUGCUCUUUAAAAAGUUAUCGUUAUAAUUGUCACAUGACCCUCGAUGCGUAUACUUUU